AUGACCUUCGGGACCAUGUACCCCAUGAGUGUGUACAGCGGAAAAGUGCUGCUGCAGACCACGCCCUCUCACAUCAUUGGUCAGCUCGACAAACUCCUGCGAGAGGUGUCGACUCUGGACGGGGUCCUGGAGGUCCGCAACGAGCACUUCUGGACCGUGGGAUUCGGCUCUCUGGCCGGCUCCGCCCACGUGCGCAUCCGCCGCGACGCCAACGAGCAGCUGGUGCUGGCGCACGCCACCACGCGCCUCAUGCCACUGGUGUCCACUUUGACCGUGCAGAUCUUUAAAGACGACUGGACCCGGCCCCUGCUGACCAGCGCCCUGUCCCCCCCCUCCUCCUACGGCCCCCCUCCCUCUGUGGAGGCCGACCCUCUGACCUCCACUCCAGCCAAGCCCAGCAGCCCCCCCCCAGAGUUCUCCUUCGACACUCCAGGAAAGAACGCCCAGACCGUGGUUCUGCCCACCCCCGGGUCUCACACACACCGGCCGUACGCUGUAGGACUGGGAUACCCAGGGGCCUCAGGGUACCCAGGCCCAGGGGCCUCAGGGUACACUGGGCCCCUGGGGCUGGGGGUGUCCUCUCAGAGCUACAGGACUGCUUACGGGGCCCCCCCUCUGAGGUUCAGUGGGCCCUCUCCUCUGGGACCCGCGUACCCCCCCUACAGGCCGUAA